AUGGACGCACAGUCGGGAAACACAGCUUGGAGAAACCCAGAGUGCUGGUAUGGAGAGGACAUAUCACUGCCUCCCGAUGCUGAUAAUUCUUUGUCUAUUCUCAGCCCAAACCCGAUUGACCUUUCAUUAUUUGGUCAAUGCCCGACUGGAUUAUUUGAAGUGAGCUCUGCAAAUGCUCCUGGUACUAGAUGUACGGAACCCAACAUGGACGCCCUACAGUCCUUAUUAGCCGCUUCAACCGAUAGCGCAACAGCGAAUUACCACCGUCAGAUAUGUGGGAAUGUGGGCGAUGAUCUAGACCGUUCUGCCCACAGUGUUCCAGCCGCGCCCAGAGACAGGUCUAGAGUAAAAGCCCGCAGAUCGCGUCGAAAAAAUGUUUCCAAGUCAAAAUCCGGAAACCAGCGCCUGCAGUGUGGUUGGAACAACUGCGAUUACAAUGGCACGUUUGGACGCAAAGCCGAGCUGAUGCGACACAUUGACAGUAAACAUGUGAGCCCUGGCGCACACAUGUGCCCAAUGCCGAACUGUGGAAGAGCUUUUAACCGCAAGGACAACCUAGACGAGCAUCUGCGUGUCCAUUUGCGGAACUGA